AUGGAUAACUUCGACAUCAUCGUCGUAGGCUCCGGCUUCGCCGGCUGCAUGACGACCCUCAACUUCCUCGAGACCACCAAGAAGCUCAGCAAGGCCGGCCGGGUAGCUCUGGUCGAGGUUGGGAAGGCAGAUGAGCGCUGCGGCGCCUCGCGCUGGACGAUGGCCUACCUACGCCUCGACAAAGAUCUCGCCUUCGACUCAGACUGGAAGCACGAAAUGGCGCUCGUAUCCAACGGUCUCGCAGACCAAUCCUACUGCGAGACGCUCGAGCGCGAGGCCCAGACCACAGCCAAGUAUGUCCAAGACCAUGGGGUGAAGUUCAACCACCAUGACGAGGAAAAUGUCCUGCUUGAAUUCAAGACGGGGCAGCAUUUUGUGUUUCCAGAUGGGGGUGGCAAGGCGAUUAUUGAUUGCUUGAUGGGGCAUAUAAGGGAGUAUAAGAAUACGCAGGUGUAUUGGGAGACGGAGGCGAGACAUCUUUUGACGGAUAAGAGGGGGGCUAUAAGGGGACUGCAGGUUAGGAAGAAGGAUGGGUUGCUGUAUGAGCUGAAUGCACCGAAUGUGGUGCUGGCUUGCGGUGGUUUCGAGGGGAAUAGGGAGAUGUUGGCCAAGUACAUUGGGAGGCGGACGCAUGAAUUGCCACUGAUCGCACCUGGUUUGAAGUAUAACCGUGGGGCUGGCCUGAGUAUGGCGCUUGAAGUUGGAGCCGGCACGGCUGGUUCGUUCGACGGUAUGCACUGCGAGCUAGUGGACACGCGCGCGACGAAGCCUGACGCGGUAAUAUGGGGCCACAACUACGGCAUCGUCGUCAACGAGCAGUCCAAGCGGUUCUAUGACGAAGGGAAGCGACACCUCUUUGCCACGUUCGAAAAGAUCGCGCUGGAGCUGUGGCGCGAUCAAAACCAAAAGGGCUAUUUCAUCACCGACGAGCUGAUCAUGAAACGGUUCCGUCCUGGUUGGGUCUACGACACAACGGACCAGGAGCCGGAGAAGGCUGACACGAUCCACGAUCUAGCCAUAAUGUUAAAGGUCGACCCUGAUGCUUUAGAGAAGACUAUAAAGGAGUUCAACGAAGCCUGUAACGACAAGCCAUUUGACCUUAUGAAACUGGAUGGCAAGGCCACAACCGGCCUGAACCCUGAUAAGACGAAUUGGGCCAACCCAAUCAACACCCCUCCAUACUACGGGUACCCGGUCACGUCGCACUUGACCUUCACCUAUGGCGGCAUCAAGACGAAUAAUGAGGCGCAAGUGCUUAGCACGAACGAUGUCCCCAUACCUGGGCUAUGGGCGGCUGGUGAACUCACAGGUAUAUUCUACAAUGAAUAUCCACCAGCGACCUCAGUUCUCCGAUCGCUUACAUUCGGCCGGCUUGCUGGCACCAAGAUUGCGGAACAGCUGCGCUCUAAGUCGUUAUUGCGAACUGUGACCGACACAGUAAGGUCAUCGUUGUAA